AUGGAAGUGCCCGGAGGCCUGGGAGUAGAGCGGGACAUUCAUGCAGAGAAUGCAACCCUUGAUCCGGAGGACAGAGAGCACCAGGCGGGCUGGGUGAGAGUGAGGGUGGAGGAGAGCUGGUUCACUGUGGAGCGAGCCUUGCUUGCGGAGAACAGCAACUACUUCAGUGCCCUCUUUCACAGUGGGAUGGCAGAAAGUCAAAAAGACGAGCUCUACCUGAAGGGAGGAGUGUGUGCGAGGGGUUUCCUCAUCGCCCUUGCUGUCUGCAGGGGAGAAACCCCUACUAUCAGUGACCCAGAAGAGCUUGUAGAUGCUGUAGAAUGUGCUGCUUUCCUGCAGGUUGCAUGCUUAGUGCAGCAUCUUUGUGACAUUAUUGACUCAGACAACUGCCUCUUGCUUUACCAUGCAGCCUCCAUCUUUGGGGUGCAUGCACUCUUUCACAAUGCGGCUCUUUUCCUUUGCGAUGCUUUUGAUUAUUUGAAGGACGCAGCAGAGACUAUGAUUGCUGAAGACCUUCUGCAAUAUUCUCAGUCACUGUCUCCUGCUACCUACAUUGCUAUCGGCACACACACUCCUUCAAUGGAACUGCUCCAGGACUCAUUUAGAGUUGUUUGCUACCUUGAUGAAAAAGAGGGAGAUUGGAAGCAUCUGACAAACCUCCCGACUCUCUGUAGCACCUCCAUGGCUGGAGUGGCAGUGCUUGACAAUCGAUUGUACAUUGUGGGGGGAGUUUACGGAUACGGGAAGGACACAGUGGACAGCAGCUACUGCUACAACCCCGAGUCAGGGGUUUGGACUACUCUUCCAGGUCCCCAGCAGCUAAGAUAUGACUUCACCCUGCUGGGGCACGAGGGCCGACUCUACGCCAUUGGUGGCGAAUUCCAAAAACGGACGAUUUCCACAGCAGAGACUUACGACAUUGAGAAAGGAGAGUGGAAGUUUAUAAAACAUGCACCAAGACCUGUGGCGUCUGCAGCUUGUGCUGUUGCAAGACGUCGGAUGUUUGUUUGCUUCUGGAAACCACCGGACACCACGGAUAUAUACGAAUACAUACCAGUGAAAGACGAGUGGAAACUUGAAACCACCAUGAUAAAGUCUCAAAGCUAUGGCCACUGUAUGGUAGCCCACAGAGACAAUUUGUAUGUGAUGCGCAAUGGGCCUUCUGCCGACUUCCUGCGCUGUCUAAUGGACUGCUACAACAUCACAACAGGCCAGUGGACAGCCAUGCCCGGACAAUACAUCAACAGCAAGGGGGCGCUGUUCUCUGCAAUGAUAAGGGGGGACUCAGUGUUCACAGUGAAGCACAUGCUAACUCUUGAAUACAGCAUCAGUGGAGAUGGAUGGAAGCCCCGCAGGCAGAUGAAGGGGUUUCCAAAGAGUGGCUCACUUUGGACGUGUUUACUCAGGCUUCCCAAGACGGGACCAGUUAUACCACAGCUGGAUGAAGAAGCAGGGAAAGAAAAAAUGUCUUUGCCAGACCCAUCUGAGGGAAUUGUGGAAGCCUUACUGGAACUGUGAAAUUACUGCAAAACUGGAAAACAAUGUUUUGUUUGUUAGGAUUUCUUUUGGGCGAUCCAUUUCAAAAGUCUGAUCUGUUUUUUUCUGUCAGGGUAAUCUUUUAUCUCUAUAAACAGAUGAAAAAA